AUUUUCUACCAAGGCGACAUCUAACCUUUAAAUAGUACAAAAAUUUGUGUGGAGUAUUUCAUACAUUCUAAGUGAUAAAAGAAUCUGUAGAAACGUUAAAGGUUUUUUGCAUCAUUGCAAUAAGGUUUAUUGAUAUUUUUACGUGUUUGAUUAUUUUUUAUUUUAUAAAACGUGUAUAUAUAUAUAUAUAUACACAUACAUAUAUAUUCGUAUAUUCACAAAAUGAAUCUUACUAAGAGGUUAUUAAACAGAAAUUUGAGUAAUUUAACAAAGCAAACAUUUUUGAAUGGUGAAAAAAAUGGUAGUCACCGUACUAGUUUAUAUGCAGCACAAUGUGUCAGACAAGCAUCCACGGUUACACCAUUGAAUACAAUAAUAAUGUUUGUUCCACAACAAGAGGCAUGGAUCGUUGAAAGAAUGGGAAAAUUUCAUAAAGUUUUAGAACCUGGUUUGAAUCUACUCUUGCCAAUUAUAGAUCGUGUUAAAUAUGUACAAAGUUUAAAAGAAAUUUGUAUACAAGUACCAAAUCAAAGUGCAAUUACAUUUGACAAUGUGACACUGGAUAUCGAUGGUGUGCUGUACUUAAAAAUAAAUGAUCCUUACUUGGCUUCUUACGGUGUUGAGGAUGCAGAAUUUGCUAUAAUGCAAUUAGCACAAACUACGAUGAGAUCAGAGUUGGGUAAAAUAUCUUUGGAUAAGGUAUUUAGAGAAAGGGAAGGUCUUAAUGUAUCCAUCGUUGAAAGUAUUAAUAAGGCUAGCGAAGCAUGGGGUAUUUUAUGUCUUCGAUAUGAAAUUCUUGAUAUUAAGUUACCGGAUAGAGUACAGGAAGCAAUGCAAAUGCAAGUAGAAGCUGAACGAAAGAAACGAGCAGCUAUUUUAGAAUCUGAAGGAGUUAGGGAAGCUGAAGUAAAUAUAGCAGAAGGCAAACGUCUUGCUAGAAUUUUAACUUCUGAGGCUGCAAGACAAGAACAAAUAAAUCAAGCUAGUGGUGAAGCUGCUGCUUUAGUAUCCGUAGCUGAAGCACGUGCCAAAGGUUUGCAAUUAGUAGCCAGUUCGCUUUCUCUUGAAGAUGCAAAAAAUGCAGCUGCUUUGAGUAUCGCGGAACAAUACGUAAAUGCUUUUAAUAAAUUAGCUAAAGUUAAUAAUACAAUAAUAUUGCCAAGCAACGUGGGAGAUGCAACAUCGUUGAUAACUCAGGCUUUGGCUAUUUAUAAACACGUUAUGCCACAAUCUGAAUUAAAAGAAUCUACAAAAUCAGAUGAUCAGAUGCAAAAAAGUACUCCUGUUAGUAUCGAUUCAUCUGAUGAAAUUUACGAAUAUUUUAGCGACAAGGAAGAAGCAGAAAAACAUAAAAGAAACAAAAAGAAUCCUAAAAAAGCAUUGUAA